UUGUCAGUGUAAUUCUUUACGCUUACUCUUCAAGCACUCCCAAGUUGUAUUUAGGGCAAAGCCUUGGAAGCACAGUGUCUAUCACAAUGUCUACUUCAAUCGAAUUGGACGAAGAGAUAGAAGGAGACCAAAUUGGCUGCAGAAAUUACCGUUUCUCCAAAAUCGGAACACCCGUCCCUAUUAUAAAUGAUUCUUCAUUUGAUGUCGAAAGUGAAUGUCCUCCUUUACAACCUUUAGUCGUCUCCGAACGCUUUCGUCUUCUAUUCGUUGCCCACUCCAAUGGGUUUUGUGUUGCGAGGACAAAGGAGGUUAUGGCUUCGGCGGAAGAGAUUAAAGAGAAAGGUAGUGGUCCUUCUAUACAGGAAGUGAGUAUUGUGGAUGUUGCUAUCGGGAAACUCUCGGUACUUGCAUUGUCUGGAGAUGACUCCUUGCUUGCCGCUUGUGUUGGCAGUAAAAUCCAUUUCUUCCCAGUUAGCACCCUUCUUUACAAGGACCAAACACCAGCCUUUUCUCAUUCUCUCAAUGAUUCAAGUAUCAUCAAGGAUAUUCAAUGGGCUAAAAAGGAAGAAAAGGUUUAUGUUGUUCUCUCAAGUGAUGGGAAGUUGUAUAGCGGGGUUGCUCAAAGCCCUAUUAAAGGAGUUAUGGACGAUGUUGAUGCUGUUGGGUGGAGUCCGGAUGGUGAGUUUAUUGCCAUCACAAGGAAGAAUUUGGUUAGCAUUGUAUCAUCAAAGUUUGAGGAGAAGUUCAGCAUAUCACUAUCAUUUAAAUCACUGCUUGAUGAUUCUAAUGUCAAAUAUGUCAUCAAAGUGGAUGCUGUCAGAUGGAUUCGUCCUGAUUGUAUUAUAAUUGGAUGCCUUCAAGUAAAUGAUGACGAGGAGGAGGAAAAUUAUGCGGUGCAAGUCAUCACAAGUGAGAAUGGAAGAAUAACUAACCCUUCGGCCAAGCCAAUUGUAAGGUCCUUCAGGGAUGUAUUUCUAGACUUUCGUUAUGAUGCAGUUCCUUUAUGUAGUGGACCUCAUCUCUUCUCGAGUUAUUUGGAUCUACAUCAGCUGGCAUUUGUUGCUAAUAGGAAGAAUUUUGAUCAGCACAUUUUGCUGUUUGGAUGGUCAGUUGGUGAUGAAAAGAAUGAAACUGCAAUUAUUGAUAUUUUGAAUGAUAAUUGGUCUCCAAAGAUUGAGGCUCAAGACUCGGGUGAUGAUAUCUUGAUCUUGGGAGUUGCUGUUGACAAAGUUUCCCAAAAUGGGGAAAUCAAACUAUUGGUUGGUGAAGAAGAAAAAGAAGUUUCACCGUGUUGCCUUCUUCUUUGUCUUACCAAUGAUGGAAGGGUUUCCAUUUUCCAUUUCGCUAGUGCUACUGCUGCUUCAGCCUCACCCCAGUCUACUGAUUUUGAAGAGACAAAUGAUACGUUUAUAGUGGCAUCUUCACAAGAUGUGCUAGUUGAAUCUUCCAGUGCUAGGAAGCAAAUCAACCUAGCAGCUUCAGGGCUACAACCCCAUGAGAUAGACAGAGGUCAUAAAAUUGUUUCAACAAGUGCUCAAUCAUCUGCAGCAGUGAAAUUUAGCUCAGAAGAAGCGCCUGAAACCAGAAAUCAGAACCAAGCUGCAAAUUUGGAGCAGUCCGCAUCCAAAUCAUCUGUGCUUGUGGAUGCUGGACGUGUGAAUAUUUUUAGGACACAAGAAACUCAAAAAGUAGCUGAAGUUAAAGCUGGUAAUUUCUCCAUCCCUUCAACUGGGCCAAGUGCUGGAACUGGCAGUGUCAUGGAGUUACCUGGAAAGAUAACCUCGACAGGGUUUUCUACUGCUUCAUCACCCUCAAGCGGGCUUCACAUUUCUUCAAAAAGUGAUGAAAGACCCACAUCCACACCAUUCAGUGGUGUUCCAAGAAGAACUUUUGAUUCUUCUGAUAGAAAUUCUUCUAUCGCAAAUGAGACAGCUGGAACUUCACUAUCAAUUGGUUAUUUCAAGCAGAGAGCCACAGCGGGAGCAGGGAAUAUUGAAUCAUUACCUGCUCUUUCCGGCACAAGGUUGCAAUCACAGAAAGGUUUUCUGUCGGAGCCUUCGAAGCCUCACUUCACCAGGGAGACCUGUGAGGGAAGUCCAUCAAAGCAAUUCCACGAUGUUGAAGAGAUGGCCAGGAAAUUGGAUAGUCUUCUAGAAGGUAUUGAAGGUGAAGGUGGGUUUAGAGAUGCUUCCAUCCGUGCUCACAGGAGUUCAGUUUUGGCAUUGGAGGAAGGUAUAGAGAAUGUUUCAGAGAAAUGCAGAAUUUGGAGAGCAGUGAUGGAUGAGCAACUUGGGGAGGUCCAGCUUCUCCUUGAUAAGACAGUACAAGUUUUGGCAAGGAAAGUAUACAUGGAAGGAAUAUUUAAGCAAGCUACUGAUGAACGGUAUUGGGAUCUCUGGAAUCGCCAGAAAUUAAGUUCUGAACUGGAGUUGAAGAGGCAACAUGUAAACGAAGUCAAUAAGAGCUUAACCAGCCAGCUGAUUGAACUGGAGAGACAUUUUAACACUCUUGAGUUGAAUAGGUUUGGUGACACUGGCGGGAUACAACCAAAUAAAAGAGGUGUCCAGAGCAGGCCUGGACAACCCAGGCAUUUCCAGUCCCUGCACUGUUUACGUAGUACAAUGACUACACAGCUAGCAGUAGCAGAGCAACUUUCUGAAAGUCUCUCAAAACUGAUGACUGAUUUGAGCGUAGAUUCUCCUGCAAAAGGUCAGAAUGUUAGGAAGGAAUUGUUUGAAACAAUUGGUCUAUCCUAUGAUGGUGCCUCUUACAACUCUCCAGUUAGGGGAAAGGCUGUAGAUACACCUUUUAACAAGGAAUUAUCAGUCCCUCUUGCUGUUAAAGAACAAUCUAGGAGAAAGCAGACAAGUCAUGGGAAGAGCUCUGAACCAGAGACAGCAAGGAGACGGCGUGACUCACUUGAUCGGAAUUGGGCUAGCUUCGAACCUCCAAAAACAACUGUGAAAAGGAUUGUCCUUCAACAAGAUCGUCAGAAAGAAACUGCAAACAGGUCAUCUUUGUCACUGGAUAAGAAACAUCAGCAGUCUAAGACGCGAGAGAGAUCAUCGAUUGCUCAAUCGAAUAUCUGUAAUGCUCCUUCCGCCUCUUCACAGCAAGUUAGAAGCAAAGGUCUUCAUGAUAUACCAGCAAAACUUCCCACUGAAAAUCCUUUUUUCCAAUGGGCUGAUGGACUUCCAAGACUUGCAGCUGAAACGCCACCAAUGAGUUCUCCAGUAUCUUUACUGCAGCGUGAAUCACAGUCGACCAGAGUCACUAGCCAAUAUAGUUCAGUUGAUACUCAUAAUCUUGCUAUGAUGAGAUCAGGUAGUAGCACAAUACCUUUUAAAGAUAUUGUGCAAACAGGUGGACCGAAGGCCAUUCAGCAAUCAGGGAACAGAAUGCAGCAUCCGAACUCAUCAAGUUCUUCUGCGCAGACAUUGACCCCAAUCAAGUUUUCAAUUGAGACUUCAGAUGCUGAUGGUAAACAUGGAAUCACCAGACCUGUCAGAGAUUGGAACAAUGCACCGGUGACAAGUGGAAGCACACUGUUUGAAUCUAACAGUAGUCCUAACUAUUCCUUACCAACUGCUGCUGCUGCUAAUUCUGCCUUCACUCUGUCUGCGAAGGUCAUACACUCAGAAUUUGUGAAUAAAAGCCAGGGUAGUGAGAUUUCAUUUUCUUCCCAAGCAUCAACACAGAGUUCCUCAUCGAAAGCAAAAAUCAUGCCAUCAGCAUCUUCGUCUUCUUCACAAGGGCCAAUGUUUUCACCAAUAUCAUCCACGUGGACAUCCUUUGAAUCCGAAUCUAAAGCCAGUGUGGGUUCUAAUGAAAAGGUCUCUCAGUCUCAAUCAUUAGCUGCUUCUCUGGUGCAAUCUUCAUCUCUUCCAAGCACUCAAAAGUUGGAUUCCUUUCCCAUUACGCCUUCCUCAGAUAGUACAAGGUCUGAGUCCCCGACGAUCCUGUCUCCACCUUCAGUUGCCAUAGUUGACAAAAAGGCUGAUACAAAUUCUGACAGACCAGCUUCACUUGCGAAUCUCAGUAUGAAGAUGGAUACGCAACAAGAUUCAGCUUCACAGCCUCUCGUAUCUAUCAGUAUGUCUAACUUACAAGCUGGAUCUUUGGUCCAAUCAAAUUCCACAAAUGAACAGUCAGCCAGUUUAAACUCUGAAAAUCAGGUCAAUUCUUGUGGGUCUUCAAGUCAAGUCUCAAAUGUGGGCUUGAAUACUAUACCUGGACAGCCAUUUUCUACUCCUGCCAUUCCACCAUCAGGGCCUGAUAGUGCAAUUAAUGUGCAGAGUGGUAGUUCAGAUGAUGUCACCCAUGAGGAUGAAAUGGAAGAGGAAGCUCCUGAGAGUAGUCAGAUGACUGAGAAUGCAUUGGGUAACCCGGCUGGGUUUGGUAUUGGAACUGCCACUCCCUCAGUUUCCGCAAAACCUAAUCCAUUUGGUGCAGUGUCAUCCAAUAAAGCUUCAUCUCCAGCAAACUCCUUAUUUACAAGUACAGCUUCCAGCAGUGAGUUAUUUCAACCAGCAUCGUUUAGUUUUCAACCGAUACAGUCACCCCAACCUUCAUCACCUGCAAAUUUUGGUGCCUUUCCUGGUAGCUUCAGCAUCACUUCCACGAGUCAGGCUCCAGCGGUGAGUGGGUUUGGCCAGCCGGCUCAGGUUGGACAAGGGCAGCAGGCUUUAGGUUCAGUUCUUGGUAUUUUUGGACAAUCAAGGCAGCUUGGUGCUGGAAUACCCGGAACUGGUGUGGGAUCUGCAAGCUCUCUUGGGAGAGGUUUUACGAGCAAUAGCUCUGCUGGUGGUUUCGGAGGCGGGUUUUCUGGAGUUUCUCCUACUGGUGGUGGGCUUGCCAGUCUGGCUUCUGGUGGUGUUGGAUUUGGUGCUUCUGCUGCACCAAGUGGUGGAUUUGCUGCUGCUGCCACAGGUGCUGGUGGAUUUGCAGCUGCUGCCACAUCUGCUGGUGGAUUUGCAGCUGCUGCCACAUCUGUUGGUGGAUUUGGAGCUGCUGCCACAUCUGCUGGUGGAUUUGGAGCUGCUGCCACAGUUGGUGGUGCAUUUGCUGCUCCAACUGUUGUUGGUUCAGGCUUUUCAGGUGGGGGCUUUGGAGCUUUUAGCAGCCAACAAUGUGGUGGCAGUGGCUUCCCUGCAUUCGGUGGGAGUUCAGCUACUGCAAGACCACCUUCUCAACUCUUCACGCAGAUGAGAAAGUAGUUCCAUGCCUACAAAUUUUGGAAAGAAGAAAUUUUAGAAAGAAACGAAGGGGUAAAUGGAUGAUGUGAUAGAUGUUGUACUUGUAGAUUGUCCCAAAAAAAAAAAAAAUGAUUGUUGUAUUCUGGUUCAGUUACCUCUUUGUUAUGAAGUUAGUUAACCCCUGUUAAUAUUAGUUGUGGGGUAAGUCUAGUAAUGGGAUUGACUCAAAAGUGUUUCUUUAAAUCUUUGUUGUGUAAUUCAUGUAACUUUUGCACUUGGCCAGUUAUUGCAACUGAACUUAUGCUACAGCUUUAUCCA